AUGUUGAGAUAUUGGGGGGAGAUACCAAUCUCAUCAAGCCAGACCAAUAGAAGUUCCUUUGAUUUGCUUCCACGGGAGUUCCGUCUGGUAGAAGUCCAUGACCCACCCCUACACCAGCCUUCAGCCAACAAGCCCAGGCCCCCCACUAUGUUGGACAUCCCAUCAGAGCCAUGCAGCCUCACUAUCCACACCAUUCAGCUGAUCCAGCACAACCGACGUCUGCGUAACCUCAUUGCCACAGCUCAGACCCAGAAUCAGCAGCAGACAGAAGGUGUAAAGACUGAAGAAAGUGAACCACUUUCCUCCUGCCCGGGAUCGCCUCCUCUACCUGAUGACCUCCUGCCUUUAGAUUGCAAGAAUCCCAAUGCACCAUUCCAGAUCAGGCACAGUGACCCAGAGAGUGACUUUUAUCGUGGAAAAGGGGAACCUGUGAUUGAACUCAGCUGGCACUCCUGUCGACAGCUCCUCUACCAGGCAGUGGCCACAAUCCUGGCCCACGCAGGCUUUGAGAGUGCUAAUGAAAGUGUCCUGGAGACCCUAACUGAUGUGGCACAUGAGUAUUGCCUUAAGUUCACCAAGUUGCUGCGCUUUGCUGCGGAUCGGGAGGCUCGGCUGGGACAAACUCCUUUCCCUGACAUUAUGGAGCAGGUAUUCCAUGAAGUGGGCAUUGGCAGUGUACUUUCCCUCCAGAAGUUCUGGCAGCACCGUAUCAAGGACUAUCACAGUUACAUGCUACAGAUUAGUAAGCAACUCUCUGAAGAGUAUGAAAGGAUUGUCAAUCCUGAGAAGGCCACAGAGGAUACCAAACCUGUAAAGAUCAAGGAAGAACCUGUGAGCGACAUCACUUUUCCUGUCAGUGAGGAGCUGGAGGCAGAUCUUGCUUCUGGAGAUCAAUCACUGCCCAUGGGGGUCCUCGGGGCUCAGAGUGAACGUCUGCCAUCUAACCUGGAGGUUGAAGCUUCACCACAGGCUUCAAGUGCAGAGGUAAAUGCUUCCCCACUUUGGAAUCUGGCCCAUGUGAAAAUGGAGCCUCAAGAGAGUGAAGAAGGUAAUGUCUCUGGGCAUGGCGUACUGGGUAGCGAUGUCUUCGAGGAGCCCAUGUCAGGCAUGAGUGAAGCUGGAAUCCCCCAGAGCCCGGACGACUCAGACAGCAGCUAUGGUUCCCACUCUACUGAUAGCCUCAUGGGGUCCUCCCCUGUCUUCAACCAGCGCUGCAAGAAGAGGAUGAGGAAAAUAUAA